UCAGGCUCCGCCCUCACACACCGCUCAGUCUGCUGCAGCCGCCUCCUGCCCGGGAGUCCUGCAGAGAAGCUGCUCACUCGCUCACUGACUGAUUGACUGACUGGCCGUGCUGCUCCCAAGCCCACCACCUGCAACUGCUGCCCGCCUGGCUGCUAGCGAUCCGCACACAGGGUUUGAAAAAUGAAGAGGUGGCCGCUAGCUGCUGAAAGAGAUACAUACCUGCAACCCUGACAGUGAUAGACUCAAAGCCCAUGGACCUGUUUACAGAACUUCAGCUUCUAGAGAAAGCCUCCACUCUAGAGCGCCUCCGUGCAGCCAGGAAACGUAGGGAACAGCAGCUGAAAAGAUGGACGCAGAGAGAGAAGGAAGAGGAGAACAGGAGGAGAAGACAGCAGAAAGCCAACAGGAAAACGCCAACUAUCAGGAACAAGAGAGUGUCCUUCCCUCCUCGGGUCACCCUCCACGAGGCUUGUCUGAGGAACGAUCCUGAAGAAGUUCUCUCGCUCCUUCAAAACAAUGUGGACCCCGACCUCAGUAAUGAAGAUGGACUGACUGCCUUGCACCAGUGCUGCAUAGAUAACUAUGAGGAUCUGCUGAAGCUGCUUCUAUCACACGGUGCUAAUGUGAACGUGACCGACAAUGAGCUCUGGACCCCUCUCCAUGCUGCUGCUACCUGUGGGCACACGAACCUGGUGCGCAUCCUGAUUCAGCAUGGUGCCGACCUGCUUGCGGUGAACGCUGAUGGGAAUAUGGCAUAUGACCUCUGCGAGGAUGAAGCCACGCUGGACGUCAUUGAAGGCUGCCUGACAUACCGAGGCAUUACGCAGGAAAUGAUUAAUGAAGCUCGUCAAGCACCGGAGCGUCACAUGCUGAAUGACAUAAGGGCAUUAGUAGCUACUGGACAGGACCUGAACAGGACAGAUAACCAAGGAGCCACACUGCUCCAUAUAGCAGCGUCUCGUGGCUUCGCAGAGGUGGCUGAAAUGCUUCUGGAGAAUGGGGCCCAUAUUGAUGUGAGGGAUCCUGAUGAGUGGGAACCUCUACAUGCUGCAGUCUUUUGGGGCCAGAUCUAUGUAGCAGAGGUGUUAGUCUCGCACAGUGCCAGCCUCAGCGCAAAAACAGCCCUGGAUGAGACUCCUCUUGAUCUGUGUGAGGACGAGGAACUUCGCUCUUUGCUUCUGGAACUGAAACACAAACACGAUAUCAUUAUGAAGUCUCAGCAGAAGAACAAGUCCUCUCUGAGCCGCAGAAGUUCUAGCACUGGGAGCCACGGUAAAGUGGUGCGGCGUGCUAGCCUAUCAGAACGAACCAACCUGUACAGAAGAGAAUAUGAGAAGGAGGCAGUGGUGUGGCAGUGCUUGGUGUCUUCAGGAAACACAGAGGACACCCAUGACGAGGAAGAGAGCAGCCCAGACUUACAGCAGAUAACCCAACAAGCUUCUCUGGAUUUUGAGCAAACACUGGGCCCUUCUGAGUCCCAUUUCCGGAAUGGAUUCUGCCCUCCUCUGCCUUCCUGCUACUGCCCUUCUCCGUUGCCUGAUAUCCCAGUGCCAACUCCGCUUACAAAUGGUAACACCAACCACUCCCUCCCCUACUAUACUGGAAGCCCCCUGUGGAGUAGCAUUUUGGAUCAAGCCCCCCUAACUCUGUCUGAACUGAAAAGGAAAAGGUCAGCAGCAAAACAGGGGAGACUGAUGCUAAAGAACAAUGGCGACUUGCAGAGACUCACAGGACUAGAUUAUAACAGCCCCGAGACACCUCCCUGGUGCUCAAAUGGGGGACCUGUUUACUAUACCCCAACCAGCGGGGACCCUCCCAUUCUGAGGUUAAAAUCUCCCAUGGAGGAAGAGGAGGAAACCAGAAUAUUGCAUUGCUGUCGGAUAUCCUAAAGCGGAGGCCACGUCUUCAAGAGAAUGUUCCGAAUUAGUGUACAAGUGUCCUACAUAUAGCAAGGAGCACUUGUUGCCAUGCAGAGCAGUGCAUGCCUGUUUCAUGUAUAUCUGUACAUAGAAAGUCACGUAUGCUUGUAUAUACUGAGCUGUAUAUAGAAUGCCCCUCUCUACCUGUGUAUACAGAGUAGCUCUACUGUACACACAUCUGGGUGUACUUCCCCCAUGUAAUGUAUACUUGUACAGGAUCUGUAGCUGUAAAUGCAGGACUGUUUUAUCUGUGUAUACGCAGCAAUGUACAUCCAAAGAACUAUAUAUUUGCUUAUAGGUAUACUGUGAGUGUACGGGUGUGUAAAUAUGACAAAUGGUGUAAAUCUGACGAUGAAUUGUUUAUUCACAGUAGAUGUAAUGACACAUGGGGCAUAAGUGGGCACUGCUGAAAAACACUUGGAUCUGUGUUAUUUGGUCUUGCCCACCUGUCGCCCCUGUGUCUGCCACAGACAGAGCAUUUCCCAUAUGUAUUUAUGGGAAUUGUUGAAAGUCACAUUGUGACAAUUGCAGUUCAUCCUAAGAAGCCAUGGGGUGGUCGGUACACAAUCGGGGGCAUUAAUCAACACUGGGCAAAUUUACCCAUGUGCAGAAACUUAUGCCAACCAAUUAAAUUGCUGUGUUAUGCUUUCUUCAUACAGAUGGCUUUAAAAAUCGAAUCACUGAUUGGUUGCUAUAGGUAACUGCCCAUGGGCAAAUAUGCCCAGUGUUGAUAAACGAGCCCCAAUGAUAUUUAGUGGGUCAGUGCACCAGCCCAUCAUCUCAACUGAAUAUCCUAGGAACAAAGUUUGACGGCAGAAAGAAGGCAGUUGGUCUGUCGGUUCUGUCCAAUAAAUGCCUACAAGGGAACAUUGCCUAAUUUACUGCAACCUUGACUUAUUUUCGGCUGAUUCAGAGGUUCAUUUUUCAUAUAUUUAUAUAUUUAAACGUUCAGUGCUUCUGUUUACUUGUGCUUCAGCAAAGCUUUCCUUUCUCCUCGCUCUCUGUUAAAGCAGACGUGGAAACCUGCAGGCAGCAGCAUGUAAAUUAGUAUCCUGCUUUGUUUUGUGGGAUGUUGGCUGUAUGACUAGAAUCCCUGCCAAAAAUCAAAGCAGGGCUGCAGUUAAGUAAUGAUAGUUACAAUGGUACCAGGUAAUAUUCCUCCCCAGCCUCUACACUCUUGUUCCCUACUUCUGAUUUCCUUUACAGCAUCAGCCCCCCCCCCCCCCACUAGUGAUGUGUGGGCCAGCCCAACAUCCGCAGGACAGACCAGGGUCGGGCCGACUACCACACACAUUUUGUGGGUCGAUAGCGGGUUCUGGUUGAGCUCUUCUUCCGCUCUCUCUGCCCAUGACCUUACUCUUCCGGCAGCCUCUAUUUAUAGGCAGCCCCACCAGUUCCUUUUUGUGGCAACAGAGAUGGGUGGGUCAGGCACUCAUCUAUAAACAUGGUGCUGGCCAGGUUAGGGUCAUGUGCAGGUUGGGAGCAAGCACGUUAGGCGUGUUACGGUACACAAGGAUACAGCCUUACGCGUUUCAUAUCAUUCAGACAUUUAAUCAUAGGCAAAUUUGCACUUGGGCAGUAUUUCAUAGCAACCAAUCAGUUAUUAGCUUUUUUUCAGCCAGCUGCAGGUUUAACACUGAAAGCAAUCAUCUGAUUGGUUUCCAUGGGUUACUGUCCUGAGUGCAAAUUUGCCCAGUGUUUAUAAAUAUUGUUCGCAAAGCAGUGCACUUCAGGGUAAUAGAUUUUGUUCUAGGCAGAGAGGGCAAGUGAUAACAGAGUUUAAGAGGUAUUUGCCUGGUGCUGUGUAGCCCAUGAUAAUCAGCCACUCCCCUUAACGUUUUACAGGUUCAAUGUAUCAACUUUCCAAGCUCCUUUUAUAAUAAAGAUCAUUUUAAGGAGA